GAUUUGGUGAUGUCGCCGUCAACAUGCUCUACAAGUUCGCGCAGACAGCUUGCUUUUACGCCAAACUAGUUUGCCGUCGACUAUGCUAUAUCUCAUAAGACUGCUUUGAGGGUCCGGGGCUUGAAAGUGCGACUCUGGCGAAAGCAUGCCUCGCGAAAUGUGCCGACAGCCACCCUCGCAAAACGCGAUGGGAGCUAAACUUUAGCACCCUUAUACGUCAUAUAAUUCAAUUCCUGAAAGAGGGACGCUAAAUCUACGCGAGCGCGUAGAAACACGUGUGGACACGUUCUUGCCCCUCUCCAGACCGGCGUCAUACCCGUGUGGUGGCAGGGUGCGGGGCCUGCAUGUGCACCGCCUGGGGGCGGGGUUGAUACAGGCGCUAGGGAGCUUGAUGUUGACUGGUUGCCAUCAUCCCUUACUGACCGAAGUGCCUUUAUUCCCCUGUUCGCCUACUGCCCCUGGCCCCGUGCAGGCAAUCAAGCUUCGGCUGGACCUGGCGUCAGAGCCCAUGGGCCCCUACUUCACCUCGCAUGUGGAGGAGCGUGUUGCAGAGCUGCUGGAUAAGGAGGGCUUCCACAACGAAAAUGAUAUCGGGCAGCUGUGGUACGGCCUGGCCCUGUGCAAAUACAAGUGGGACUCUGCGUUGCUGACGCGCCUGGCUGCCGGCACCGUUGGGGGCCUUUCCGAGCGGGAGCUCCUGACUAGCGCUAGUAGCACGCUCGCCAACAUGGCACAGCAGUCGGAGUCCAUCUCCCUCACAGACCAGCAUAAGGCAGAGCUGGCGCGGGCGAUUGCCAUACUGACAGAUCGCGUUGCGGAUGACUUGCGGAGCACCAAGUCACUUGCCGGUAUGACAGACCUCAGCAAACUCGGCGUCAAGCCCGAGACGCCGGCAGAGGCGCAGGCUUGGUUUGAACUGCUGAACGACAUCGCGCCCACGAAGUGGACAUUGGAAGAGGUGCGAGUGGGGCUCGGAACGUUGGCGUCAUGCAACACCUACUCGCCCUCGCCCGAGGCAAAGCAGAUGGUGCUGGAUGCCGCGGCCUCCAAGGGCGUGCGGUCCGCGGCGGACGCGGGCGUGCUGCUGCAGCUGUCCGAGGCGUGGGGCAUUGCGCUGCCGGCAGAGGUGCGCGCUCGUUUAGUGCGCAUGCGUGGCAGCGGCGGCCCCAAGCCGUAGCUACUUACGCUGGGCUGUGUCGCGAGGCUGUGAGCAAGGCAGAUGCAGUAUACCGGUAGCAUGCACAGAUGCACUGCCCCGUUGCCUCAUUGAUACGGUAGCAUACGGUGUGGCUGCAGGGGCUAGCGGGGGAUGAAAGCUAGGGCAGAGGGGAUUGCGGUUGCAAGUGUGGUUGGAAGGGAAGAAACGUCGGAUGGUGUUUGCAAGGGGUGUUGAGAUGGCAGUGUAUGUUAAAAGUGAGCACCGAGGAGCAGCUGAAGGAGCUGUGUUUGCAUGUGGGGCGGGUCGCUUGCGCAUGCGAGGCGGUGGGUACAGUAGCGCAUGCUGGGCUGCUUUGAGCAGAGUACGUUAAUAGCCGUUCGGCCACCGCGUGCCGCGCGUGCCGCUGUGUGGCCGCGGCCCACGGCCGUAGGCAUGGCCGUGCCCCUCAGGGAAUGUGGUGAGGUCAUGGGCUUAUUACGUGCGUGUUUGUGACAUCUGAAGGGCUUGAUAUGCAUGUCGUGGAUCUCCCCAUGCACAGUACGUGUGAGGACAGUGGUGUUGUCACUGUUGUGUUAAGGGGUUUUGGUGCUGUUGCUUCGACUGGUAGAUAC